AUGUCUCCUCGUGGUGCUAGCAUAUCUGGUCAAGCCGCCAUUGCGGUGUCGCGCGCAAAGCUUGCUGCUGCCACCACUCGCGAUUACGCUGCAGAGGCUCGCCGGCACGAGGAGCGGAUGCUCGAUGUGGCAGCCACAACAAAACGGGAUGCCGUGAUGGUCAAGGCCGUCCGAAUCACCGAUUUCUUUGACUGUGCCGCAAAUGCCUGGGCGGCUAUGGGGAAUGUCACGCAACUCACUCAAGACACUAUCAAGAAGGCCGACGAACUGGUUGAAGCCGCUCGUGUUGCCAGUGAUGCGGACAAGCCAGAUGCCAAUCCCGAUGGAUCUGAUGAUGGCCAGGAUAGUUAUCAAGAAGAGCUUGCCGAGAGGCUGAAAGAAUUCGCAGAUAGGACAAUGCGCGAGGCUUGUGCGGUUCAGGAACAGCUUCAUGUCGCCCAAGGAGCUGUGCAUAUCUCCAAAAAAGCCAUAGAGCAGGAUACAGCAGCGCGGGAGGCCGUUGAGAGCAAUGCCAAAACGGCCAUGGAGGCGACCAAGCUUCUUAGCGAACGGAUCAAGACCGUCUUGCGAGGAGCGGAGCUUGAAGUGGCAAACGGAGUGGCCAGGGUGACGUUGUUCUCGGAACAAGCAGUGACUGCAGCCAUAAAAGGCGAGACGACUCGGGCAAAGGAUUUGGUUGAGUCUUCCAAGACGGAAGCUACGAGCAUUGAAUCUCAAUUGGAUCGUGUCAUUGCGACUAGGGAUUUGGGGCUGGACGGAAUUCUGGCAUUUCUCGGGGGUAGCCUAUAA